UGUGGCCAUCUUGGAGGUUUUCAUCGAUGUUUCUGCCUUCACAUUAAUUACAAAGCCUUCCCGGUCAGAUCAAUUUAUUAAAUUUAAACGUCUGUUUCCGACGAUAAUGGGCUGAGUUAUGCUCAGUUUUACGCUUCUGUCGGUUGAAGGAAGUCCCGCUGAUUCUGAGUGUGUAUAGUGGACGCAGCGCGUGAGUUUUAGAGAGAUGUCUGCCGCAGAAGAAGCGCACAGUCUGGACAUACUCAACCAGUUUGAGCGGCUAACUGGAAGGCCCCCGCUAAGAGCUGCAGGCUCUAAGAAGAGAGUUUGCUGGCUACAAGCUCGAAGAAUCCUGGGCCAACCCUGCCCCAGUCUACGGAUCCCUUACAGGUUUUUAAGAGAAGGUCACAGAGCCCCUCCGGCCCGAAGCGGCCAUCGCUGUGUAGCAGACAACACCAACCUUUAUGUGUUUGGAGGAUACAACCCUGACUACGAUGAAUCGGGAGGUUCAGAAAAUGAAGAUUAUCCACUCUUCAGAGAGCUGUGGAGGUUCCACUUUGCCACUGGGACGUGGCAACAAAUCCGCACAGAGGGUUUCAUGCCCACCGAACUGGCAUCCAUGUCAGCUGUUUUGCAUGGAAACAACCUGCUUGUGUUCGGUGGGACCGGAAUACCGUUCGGUGAAAACAACGGAAACGACGUUCACGUAUGCAACGUUAAAUACAAACGAUGGUCCCUUCUCAACUGCAGGGGAAAGAAACCUAAUCGAAUAUAUGGACAGGCGAUGGCCAUAAUCAACGGCUUUUUGUACGUGUUUGGAGGUACAACGGGCUACAUUUACAGCACAGAUCUCCACAGACUGGAUUUGACGACACGCGAGUGGAUUCACCUAAAACCUAACAAUCCUCCAGAUGAUCUACCUGAGGAACGAUAUAGACAUGAGAUAGCUCAUGAUGGACAGAGGAUAUAUAUUCUUGGUGGUGGAACCUCCUGGACUUCCUACCCAUUAGACAAGAUACACGCAUAUAACCUCGAAACAAAUUCCUGGGAGGAAAUCGCAACGAAACCUCAAGAAAGAAUAGGAUACCCCGCCCCCCGGCGAUGUCAUAGUUGUGUGCAGAUUAAAAAUGAUGUAUUUAUAUGUGGCGGUUAUAAUGGUGAAGUAAUACUUGACGACCUGUGGAAGAUCAACCUGCAGACGUUUCAGUGGAAUAAACUACCUGCGGUGAUGCCCGAACCGGCGUAUUUUCACUGUGCUGCUGUUACUCCGGCCGGCUGCAUGUACAUUCACGGUGGCGUUGUUAACAUCCACGAGAACAAGCGGACUGGUUCUUUGUUUAAGAUCUGGCUGGUGGUGCCCAGCCUGCUGGAGCUGUGCUGGGAUCGUCUGCUUAAAGCCUUUCCACACCUGGCCCAACUUACUCCAAUACAGCUGCUAAAUUUGGGCCUUACCCAGGAACUCAUUGAACGUUUGAAAUGAAGAUGAGAGACUGAUUGUAUGCGUGUAGUUUGUGAACCAUUUUUUUUAUUUUGAAGCCGAUCACGGGCAGGACAACGCGAAGAACACAAAUGAUUCAGAGGGACCCCAUUGCUUUUCUACAGGUGUCCUAACACAGCCCGCCUUAAAACCAAAAACUAUAGGAUGCCUUUUGAGUUUUUUUGUUUUUUGCAUAUGCACCUUUUAAUUAUUUGAAAAACAAAACAUAAAUAUUCAGUAGAGAAAACGAUUUCUCAAACACUAUGGGUCAGUGACCUAUUUUUUUUUGUCUUGAGAUUGUAAUAUUGUUAUUUAUUGGCCUUCAGUAGCUGUAUGGGGGGCACGACGAGUUGUUUUUACUGAUUUAUCUUAAUUCUCUAAUUUUCUGUCAAAGAAUUAUUUAAGUUUUAUGAAUCGCCACAGCACGAAUAUUUAAAUUAGCAGUGAUGUAAUUGAAGUUCAUUCGCUUCAAUUACUCUGUUCACUACUGAUUGGUUAUGCAGAACUGUUGAUGCCUGGGAUUGAGUUUUAGGUUUUACUUAUUUAUGGUGCAAAUCAGUGUUGAAGACUUGAAUGUUUUAGCUUUUGAUAGCAGAGUUUGUCGUUGCAGUCUUGUAUGCUAAUGUCAAGUUUUUUUUUUUUUAGUUGGACACGAUUCCUUUUUAUUAGAUUUGCAGAAACGUCUGCAUAUGAGGAACAACCACGGAUGUACCAAGUAAUGUUUUACAAUAUCAAAGCAGAGCUGUUUCCAUAUUUUUGUCACCCGAAUUUUGUAAACCAAUCCCUGCAUCACUGUGAACAAAGGUGCUCUUUAAUUUCCUUUUAAUGCUUUUACUGAAAUAAUAAAAUUUACUUAUUUUCUUUAAACUCUUCAUCCCUUAUCCAAAUCUACAUUUGGAUCAUCAUCAACGGCAGACACUCGUUUUAAUUGAUCUAGUGCCUUUACGAGCAAGAUCUGAUAAUGUGCUAAAUUUAAUAUUGACACGAAGCCUUGCUAAUCGCACUUUAUUAUUUUAAUUUAAAUGAUAGAUGAGCCGAAUUUACAGAAACCACAAAAAGGUGCGCACUUAUGUAGAGCUUUCUUAGCACUUGAUAAAUCUACAAUUUAUAGAAAAGAGUCGGCACAACGCUAAUAAUAUUGCAAAUCAUUUGGGCUUUGUGUAUAUCUGUACAGAUUACGGGAAAGGUAACCUUCCUAUCGAUUAGCAAUAAUGUAGCCAAGCAUCUUUGUACUACGCUGACCUGUUACAUCCAAGUAUUCAUAACAGCGCUGGUUUAAAUGCCAGAUACAUCAUUUUGAAAUCAGAAUUGAUGCAUUACCUAUUUGUCACUUCAUUAUUAGGCAUUGAUGUAGUAAUCAAAAAGCUUAAGGAUUCAUAAUUGCUAUACAACACCCUGAUACAGCUAGAUGCAGCUUUUGUUUCAGAAAUAAGCCUGGCUUAGAGCAAGGUCACAUACAUGUGCCUGCCCAUCUACUUUCUGCCAUUUUAUGCAUGACUGGAUUCUUGUUUGCAUGAGUCAAAAGGUGCUUGUCAUACAGGCAAUGUGCAGACCAUGACAACUGAAUCAUUUCUAUACCGUCUGCAUUGAGACGCUAUAUUUCAUUGUGUUUUUGGACAAGGGGUCUCCCUGGACAUGCAAGGUACUCACCAGGUACCUAUUACUCGUUGUGUUUGUUUUGUUGAAAGAUUAAUAAAAGUGUUCAAACUGG